AUGGCGUCGACCGGGAGCCCCCCUUCGCUGCCCAAGCCACCGUCGCGAGCCGUCCAGAUGGAGCUUCAGAACCGCAUUUCGCUCGCCACGUCGCGCAUGUCGUUUCUGCAGAAAUACCGAAGCAAACGACCACAGCUCUCGGCCGGCACACCGACAAACGGGGCGGCAACAACAACAACAACAACAACAACAACAACAACAUCAAAAGCAGCUUCCUUCUCAUCUCUGGCCGGCAAGGGCAGACCUGCAGCCAUCAUCGAAAACAACAACGACGACGACGAAGAAGAUGAACCACCCCUACGAGCCGUCCCAGACCCCAACACCGGCCUCGGUCACGCACCCAAGGCGGCGGCGGUAGCGGCGACGGCCGCGUCGCGGCAGAACGAUAAGCUGCGCGCACGGCUGAUCGGCAGGCAGCAAAAGGGCAGCAGCAGUGCCAACGACAAGAUCGCCGUGAAGCGGCAGCGGCAUGACCAAGACAGCAGCGAGGACGAUGAGCCGGGCCGGAGCGGACUCGGGCGGUCCAAGAAGCAGAAGCGACAACCGAUGCAGCCGGGGCGGUCUGAUGAUCUAGAAGAUGACGCUGGUGGUGACGCUGAUGGUGACGCUGGUCGUGAUCGCACGUCGCGAGAGCAGAUGCAGGGUCCCAGGCCAGGGCGUGCCGAGGCUGGGCUCGAUCUUGUGCAUCACCAUGCACAAGGGUCGUCUGGCCCUGACAAGAUCGAUUCAGACGCUGCCGAUUCAGUCAAACGCAGAAAGAAGAAGCACAAGAAAAACAAAAAGAAAGAAAACCCAUCAUUGAGUUGA